GUAACUGGCCAGAUUGUAGCGUGAACUCCGAAGGAGGAGGAUCACCGGCAGGGCUUGUCUGAUGGAGCAGAUAAGCCCAAAUGCUCCUAAUCAGUCUUUCGUUGAGUAUUCUUGCCUCUUCCUGAGCAGCUAUGCUUUUAUCCUCCUCGUUCUCAUCAAGUAAAUAGACAUCCUGAGUCAGAAGGAACGAACAGCAGUGGUGAUUAACAGCUAAUGCUAUUAAGUAAGGAAACACACAACUCCAGUUGUAGAAGCAACAGAUGGUGAGACAUCUCUGUAUCAGUAGUUUGAGAAAGCUCAAGGACGAAAAGGUCCUUCUGUUAAUCACAAAAGAUAAACCUGCCUGACACAAAACAAAUCUUUAGUCUAGAAACCCGAAAGUAGCAGUGUGCUCACUGCUGCCAUUUAGUUUAUAGGGCAGAGAGUUGCUGCGAUGGAAGUUAAAAAGCUGUAGUUAAACCAUUUCAGUUAUUGUUACAGGGAAAGGAAGCAAGGGCCCUGGGGAUCUCCCUUGAAUAAUAGGGAGAAUCCCUUUUUUCAGGGAAAAAAAAAGCCAGCCAAAUAAGAUAGGAGUGUACUGAUCUCAAAGGAACUUAGGCCCUAGAAAAGAGGGAUGAGUGACUUGUAUAAUUGAGAGUGGAUGGCUCUGUGGAUGAAUGUCGAAAUCGUCAAUACCUUUGGUGGGUAAGGGAGAAAAUGGCCAGGAUGGUGAUUUGGGCCAAACUGGAGGUCAGCUUUUGUUGUUAGUUAAACUAACCAUGUGCACCCUCUCAGGGCUCUGACUCUUCUUUGACUGAGAAUUGGCCCUAUCAAAAAGGUUGUUUCAGCAAGCAGGACUGAAGGAAUUGUGCAGCUGCCAUUGUUUCCUCCUCACCUCUUCAUAUGCUUGAAGCACAGUGUGGGAUUUCCUUUUCUUGUGGUUCUGGGAUUAUUUUAGGUUAUCUUGGCACGGUCAUGCAGUUGUACUGUGGGAGUGUUACAGACUUUGAAAGUGUAAGAUGGGGGCUCACUGAAAAAAGGAGGGAGGGAGACUAGAAAAAAAAAAGAGGAAUGGAAACUAGAACAAGAUCAGGAGCAAUGCAAAGGAGUUAAAGUGCAGCUCUUGAUGAAAAAAAGACACAAGUGCCAGAAGACUCACAAUCUUCUCCUUUUAACUCUGUGUGUUUUGGUGUAGUUUUUAUAAUUUUGUGUUUUCCCCGUUUGUUUUGAUGUGUUUUUUUCCACUGUGCUACUGAACUGCAGUUUUGAGGUUUUACUAGAAAACAGGAUAAUCCAAGAUUAACUGCUGCGGUUACCUUGCUAAAGAGUUUUUUUUCCCCCUCUCCUUAUUUCUUCCUCAGACUUACCUGGUUAGGAAGAGCUGACUGCUAAAGAGAAAAUGACAUCUCUAGAAAAAGUUGAUGAUGCCUCAGCACCCAUUCGAGGACCUGGAGAUGGCAUGGAAACAGAGCAAACAGCUGGAGCAGUGGAAGUAAUCACUGGAGCCAACACUGCAAGCCAUCACAUCCACCACAGCCCCCACAAAAAGACAGCUUCUUCCCUGAGUCCUGGAGUUCUGCAGCUGGGGAAAGUACAUGCAGAUAAAUCAGUGGAGAUUGAAGCUAUUAGAAUAUUAGUCCCUAAAGCAGCCAUCACCCAUGUUGUUCCAACUAAAAAUGCUAAGGUAGCUAAAUCUGUGGGACAUAAAGGAGACACAUUCCAUCAGUCAGAUGGAGCCACAGAUCCCAAGAAAGAACAGAUAGAGCUGAAAAACGCACUUGAAAAGCUAAAGAAUUCAGAAAAGAGGUUGUUACAAGAUAAAGAAGGUCUCUCUAAUCAGCUGCGUAUACAGACCGAGGUCAAUCGGGAGUUGAAGAAGUUACUUGUUGCUUCUGUUGGGGAUGAUCUGCAGUAUCACUUUGAACGGAUGGCUCGUGAGAAGAACCAGCUCAUCCUAGAAAACGAAGUCCUGGACCGGAAUAUGGCUCAGUUGUCGGAGCAGUUGGAGCGCAUGUCUAUACAAUGUGAUGUGUGGAGAAGCAAGUUCCUAGCAAGCAGGGUGAUGGCUGAUGAACUGACCAAUACCAGAGCAAUUCUUCAGCGCCAAACCAGGGAUGCACAAAGUGCAAUCCAGGACUUGCUGAAUGAACGUGAUCAGUUCCGUCAAGAGAUGAUUGAUACACACAAGCUGCUGGAGGAGCUCAUGGUGUCUCUUCAGUGGGGGAGACAACAGACAUACUAUCCUAGUGCCCAGCCUUACACUACAACAGAGCUAGCAGCUGUGAAUUGUAAGCUAGCCAAAGCUGUAAGCUCACAUCUUCUAGGAAAUGUUGGCACUAACAGUCCAAAAAAGACUUCAACAGCUGUGGAGUUUUGCAAUACCCCUGCUGAGAAAAUGGCUGAAAUGAUGCUACGUGUACUGGAUCCAGCUGCACAUCCAGAAACAUCAACAGAAGUUUCUUUUUCUGAGACUUCUCCAUCUUCUUUCCUUUCCACAAAGAAAAGUAUUGGAAGGUUUCACCCAUAUACAAGAUAUGAAGAUGUCACCUUCAAUUGUUGCAAUCACUGUCAAGGAGAGCUGAUAGCCCUCUAAAAGCCCAGCCAAGGAAGGUGCACCUGCAUUCUUUCUGAAGAAUUACAGUAGUUGAUGUUCAGCAGGCUUCCCUUUGUCCUUUUUCUGUAACGGGUGGGUUUGGCAUUGGAAAUUAUUCAGUUUCUGCUUCUCUACCUCUUGAAGUUAGGAAUUGACAGGAUUUCCAUAGUCUCUGGGAUGCUUCUACCACUUCUCAGUGGGGAAAGCUGCUUAUUUUCUUAUACAAAGGCAAGACGAAAAACAUUAUGCUGGUCUAAUUUAUAGAGCAUAGAGAUGCUCUUGACUAUUUGACAUUUAUAGUCUUAUUAGUAAUGAAUUUCCCUUUGGAGGGAGACAGAAGUGUAACCAUACCAAAGCAAAUGAAGUGCUGAUCAGUUAUGUCUAAAUUUAAAGUAAUGGUAAAUGGUUUUUAAUUUUAGCCAAGGUAAUGA